GAGUUGACAACUCAGCAAGCAUAAUUCUUAUUUUCACAUAAGAGAGUAGCUCUAGAAUCUAGAUCAGUAGAAGCUAGAUUCUAGAUAAAUAGCAGAAUCUAGUCUAGUUAAAAGUGAUAAUUGACCCGAUGAUAGUUAACAGAUGUAGAAUCAAGAUCAAGUUAGAUAUACAAACAAUACUUUUUCUAUAUCAAUUACUAAUUAGGCCUACUCAAUUAAAUUAAAAGUUAAUGUUAGGGGCCUAUCACCAAGUCCAAGUAAUAAGUAAUCUAGAAUCUAGUAGUAGAAUCUAUCUGCUACAGUACACAUACCGAUUCUUAAGAUAGAGAGAGAGUCUUUAUUACCUACACUUAACUUAGGGACUUACACUAACUAAGGAUAGGUCAGGAUAUCAUGGCAAGUCCCAGAACAAGACGUGUUUUAAAGGAUCUAAAAUUAAAAGAAGGCAACAAUAAUUGUUUUGAAUGUGGUUCCCAUAAUCCACAAUGGGUCAGUGUAACAUAUGGGAUCUGGAUAUGUUUAGAGUGCUCUGGUAAACACCGCAGUUUAGGUGUGCACCUUAGCUUUGUUCGGUCUGUGUCCAUGGACAAAUGGAAAGAUUCAGAGUUAGAAAAAAUGAAAGCUGGUGGGAACAAAAUGUGUAAAGAUUUUUUUUCAUCACAACCUGACUAUAGAGAAGGAAUGAGUUUGCAGGAAAAAUACAAUACAAAAGCUGCAGCGCUUUUAAGAGAUAAGGUGGCUACCGUAGCAGAAGGAAAACCAUGGAGUAUAGAGACUUCAUCAGCUAAAAAUUAUGUUGCAUUCCAACCGUCCCGUCUCUCUACAUCAGCAUCAACCCCUAGGUUGUCAUCUAACUCAUAUCGUGAUGGUGGAUCCUUUCAUAACAGUAGCAGCACAGGGGAUCUGGGGGGAAUGUACAACACUGGCUAUCAAGAUGUAGAUACACAUAAUGGAGAUUAUAUAAAAAGACAAAAGGAUGACUACUUCAACAGAGUGCAGCAAGAAAAUGCUGGUCGCCCUGAGCACUUACCUCCAAGUCAAGGUGGGAGGUAUACUGGCUUUGGAAACACGCCUCUAGUAGAUAAUAAAAAAGAUGACUUCUUUGAUAACACACUCUCUUCACUAUCAUCUGGCUGGUCGACUUUUGCAUUAAGUGCAACCAAAUUUGCUUCAGCUGCUACUGAAAAAGCAACUCAGUUGGCCACCACCACAGCCAAGAAGACCAAAGAGCUGGGCACCACAGUGACAGAAAGUGUCAUCAAACCUACGGCAGAAAAGGUUAAAGAGGGACAGCUAUUAAAUGAAGUUGGAACAUCAAUGAGUGGCCUAGCAUCUAAGUUGUCGGCUGCAAGCACCAAAGGCUGGAAGGACUUGCAGUCCCUGUGGAGUGAACCUAAGACAACCCUGACCACUGCUGACACCAGCCCUGGGGAGAAGUCUUCUCUACUCAGCAGAUCUUCAUAUGGCAGUGGAGAAGAUUCGUCUAAAAGUCACCUGCUAGGGGAGGAUGAUGAGUCAUGGGGUGACUGGGGUCAAGAAUCUGACCUUUCAUCAUCUAAAAAAUCCAGCAAGACCUCGGACUGGUCAGCUGGUAAUGAAGAUGAUUUAGAAGCUUGGCUGAAUGACGACAAAUCUGCUCUGUCUUCUGGUGCCAAGGUGAAGGGAAAGAAGAAAAGUGAUGAUGACUGGGACAGUUGGAAAGCCAAUGACUCCUCCAAGUCAUCUUUGUCUGGAAAGUCAACUUCCUCUUCAUCCAAAUCCAAGAAAAAGUCUCAAAAAUCUUCUACGGGUGUUUCAUCUUCAGACGGCUGGGAAGAUGCAGACUGGAACACAGGAUUCACUUCUGCUGCCUCUAAGCAGAAGCAACCACUGGUUGGAAAUCUUCUGGACUUGGAUGAUGGGAAUGGUAUAUCUUCCACUGGAGGGGGGGAUGGGUGGGAUAACGAGGUAUGGGCUGAUGAAAAUGAUGCUGACGACUGGCAGACGCUGGAUCUGGCUGGAGAAAGCAACAAGACCAGAUAAGGAUUUUUAGCCCUAGAUUUCUGUCGGAUAUCCAACUGUACAUUGUUGUUGUGGAUUUCAAACUUUGGUUGCACACAGUAACAUACAUCUCAUUUCAUGACGUCAUCGGUCUGUUGAUACAUUGAUGUACCAUAAAUAUGUAAAAAUCAACAGUAUUAUGUCAAAAAUUAGUCUACAGAAUCUGCUGCUAGGCUAAAUCAUCUUAUGGAUUGAUAUUGACAUGUGAAAAGAAUUGCAUUAGUCUUAAAAAACUAUUGUACUGAUAUUUAUACACUGUUUUUUUUUUUGUUUGCUAAUGUGUAGAUAUAAAUAUUAUGUUUUGUUAGCAGACUGAUUUUAGCACACAGGAAUAACAGAUGGUAGCUUUGUUUUAUCUUUGUAAUUUAUUUAACUGCUAUACCCAUGGGUUUUUUUUAUUAAAGGCUUGGUGAAUUUAUUUUUGAAUGAAAUAUUUUAAAACUACUUCUAUUGGUAUAAACAGAAUAUUUUUUGAAUUAGUUUGUUGCUAGUAAAUAAUCCUUAUAAAUGUUGAUAAACAAAAGUAUAUAACGCCUGGCUUGGUUGUUUUUAACUGCUGAUUAAAUGUAACCACCACUGUGUUGGUAAUUAAAGAACUCAGAAACUUUAGUAAUACCCACCUUAACAAAUUACUCUGUUGUUGCUAAUAUUUCUUUAUGCUGUAUAUCAAAUAAAAACUAGUCUAUUAUACAAAAAUGUAUGUAAAUAAAAUUGUCUAGCAAGUAAGUACUUGUUAUAAUAUCACUAUAUAUUUUUCAUUUAACAUUGCAUUUACUCUUGCAACAUGUUUUUUAUAUAUGUCUAGGAAAGAAAAACUUGCAACAAGUUAAUGUUAUAUGAACAUUUUUGCCACGGAACAUACAUACUUGCUGCAAAUUUGCUUUUUCUAGACAUGUAUAGUAUACAUAUUGCUAAUGUAAAUGCUGGGUAGAAAAAAACUACAGUUUAAAAACAUACAUAAAAACAUACAAAUAUUUUUAUCCUUGUGUAUAGUCUAAAAAAAAUUUUAUGUCAUUAAAAGAUUUUUUUAGUUCAUUUUAGUUUUUCUCAGUCCUCUUCAAUCCAUUAAAAUAUAUUCUCCAUCUGCAUUUUAAUAAAUAGAUGUAGUUAAUGAUGAAUGUUUUGCCUGAAUUAAGUAGGUCUUCAAUUUUCUGGGGAAUUUGCUUUACGCUUUUCCAUUUGGUUUAUUUAGCUUUCUGAUUAUAUAUAACCGGUAGGUUUUAUAUAUAACCGGUAGGUCUUAAUAGAAAACAAACUGAAAACAUUAAGCUAGUAUUCAUCACAUUAUCUAAUAAAAGGUAGAAAUAGAAAUAAAAUUGUAAAAUAUGUAGGACAUUUUGUGAACAUUCCAUUAAGCAGAUGAAACUAAGACAGUCCCCUUCAUUUUCUGACUGCCUACUUUCACACAUGAGCAACAGGCCUGUAUCAUCAAUUCCUUGGUGCAGAAAAUAAAGUGUUCAUAUAACUUCAUGCAAUUGUAACUUUAAUGUAAAUUAUGAUGUUAGAGUUUUUAUGUAUCCAUUUUGUGAAGUGUAUAUUCUGUUUUCUUAUUAGUAAUAUUAGUGUUAUUUGGUUUUUUAACCUAAAAUUAAUUGCUUUUACAUCAUAACAUUAUUAGAGCAGUUUUGGAUUUUUCAAAAAAUUCUUCUGAUUCAUAAUGCAAACUAUUUACAUAAAUCUGAACUAUUUUUUUUUUUUAUUUUAAAAUAAGGAUGAUUAACUAAUUCCAGAAGCGAAAAAAGUUUGUAUUGCCUUUAAAUAGUUUAAAACAACAAAUUUAUUAGUAAAAUUGGUAUCAUCGCUAUUUGUCUUCCACUCAUAACUGCUGUCAAAAAACAGGUUAAAAUUACUUCGAAAUAUUUAGAGUUAGCCUAUGUGCAUCAUCCAUACUUUAUGCCAAGGAUCUUAAGAAGUGAAUACUAUAAUAAAUUAGUGCAUUUUGUCAUUAGUAUGUGAUUCUGUAGUGUAAUGAGAAUAGGUAGAUAAUUUUUAAACAGCUAUUGGAAUAACAUGACUUUUUUGCGUUCUGCUAGGUUACUCUUUUAUUUAUAUCCAUCAUAACUAUUAGAGGUCAUCUAUGUAUGAUGUCCAAUGCAUUAUAUUUAACAUCAGUAUAUUUAGGCUGAGGUUUUAUCACAAAAUUUUAGUUUUCUGAGUCUGCAUACAAAAAAUGUAAGUUUUACUAAAGUGCUUGUAAUUUUUUUAAAAACAGAACUCGCUUGUUCAACAAGUCAUGGCAUCAGUAAUUAUCAAAUAUUUACCAGUUGAUAAGCAAGACGUUAAUGAAAAUAGAAAUUAUGUAUAUUGUUGGAUCUGAUUGCAGAAAAUAUUAUUUUUAAAUUUUCAAUGUUUUAGAUCUCUUAAAAAAAUGUUGUUAUAAAAAUGGAUGACACCUCCCCAACCCUUAUAGGUAGUGUUGAUGAAUAUUCUUUGCUUUAAAAAUUUUGAAUAGCUAAUGAUCUAACUCCAAUAUCUUCAUAAUAUCUGAAGUCUAAAGGAUUGUUAAAAAUAUGACAAUUUACAUCAGCUAUAUCAGACCAAAACUACUUAAAUUAGCUCUACUCCCUAGUCAACUGAAUGGGGUUGUAUUGUACAACCUACACUGUAAACAGUACAAAACAUCACUACACCUUAUUAUAUGUAAUCAGUCGUCUCAUGAAAGUGGGUUGUGACCAGUGGGUGAAAGGUCACUGCAUUUGAUCACAGUUUAACAUUAUAUUCAUGUUGUGGAUGUGUGACUGAAUUGUUUUAAAGAAAUAUUCCAAACAUACAUAGUAUGUAGUAACUGUGUUAAAAAUAUUCAAACUCAAGCCCAUGCUUAACAUAACUGGAGCUGUACAUUCUCAGAUGUGAAAUAUGGUUUCAAUUAUAUUUGUGCAUGAAGAAAACAUGUUUUUGUUUUAAUUUUCUGUAUGUGGUUAUUAUUUUUCUUUUUAAUUUAAUAAAUAGGCGUACUUUUUCCA